AGCAUUUCGGUUUCAGCCUCUUAUCCCGUGCUGAUCUCUUCCGCAUUGGCUCAGAAAACAGUGCACUUAUCCUACAUAAUUUAUUAGACCAGUUUUCUGGAACAUCGUGACAUCCAGAAUAGCUUGCAAUCCUAGAGCAAGUACAUUGAAAAGAACAGACGCAAGCGGGGAAUACAACUUUAGAAUCCCCCAAAACCCAAAGCUUGUAAAACAUAAGUGCAUGUUCUAUUAGGGCAGAAAUCAGUAAGGUUGAUGCAGCUUCCUGCUUGUUACUGAAGGCAGUUGGUGAAGCCUUUUGAAAAGUAAGCUCAGCCCGCACAUAAAGGAAGAGCAGAGCAGAUGCAAUCACGGAUGUGGCUGCAGAACAGCUUUGAUACACUGCACUCUGCACUGUACCAAGCCAAUGUACGCAGCCAUGAACCCUGAGGAACAGACCGUCACUUGGCUGAUCUCUCUGGGGGUGUUAAGCUCUCCCAAGAAAAACAUACGUAAUGCUGCUGACUUCUUGAAAUGUUCACUGAAGGACGGGGUGGUGCUCUGCAAACUGAUAUACCGCCUCCUCCCAGGGUCUGUAUUUAAGUUUUGCCUAGAACCCAAAAGUGAAGAGGACUGUAUUGAAAACAUCAAGCAGUUUCUGAAGGCAUGUACAGCACUGGGGGUAGAGCUAUUUGAUCCAUUCGAUCUCUACACUGGGGAGAAUUUCUCUAAAGUCCUGAGUACUCUGUCUGCUGUUAACAGAGCAACUGAAAAUCCGACCUCAGGGAGACCAUGUCCAGGAAGAUUAUCUCAGUCUCAUAGCAUUCCAGCCUGUUCUCAGAUAAGUUCACAAGGAACUGAUUGUUCUACUAGAGUGUUGAAGAGGCAGUCAAAAGCUCUGGACAUGACUGGAAAUGGCAGCUGCCAGCUAGUUGUGAAAGCCAGGUUUAACUUCAUCCAGAAAAAUGAAGAUGAGCUCUCUUUUUCUAAAGGGGACACCAUCCACGUUACCAGAGUCGAAGAGGGUGGCUGGUGGGAAGGCACUCUAAAUGGAAAAACUGGAUGGUUUCCCAGUAAUUAUGUUAAGGAAUUUAAAUCCAAUGAUAAACCACUUUCCCCAAAAGCAGUGAAAGCAUCUGAAACAGCACAGCUAACAAAAAAUUAUUAUACUGUGGUAUUGCAAAAUAUUCUGGAAACUGAGCGAAGCUAUUCCAAAGAACUCCAAUUACUGCUUUCCACUUACCUAAGACCACUUCAGUCACAUGAUAAAAUAAGUGCUGCGGAUGUCAACUCUUUGCUUGGAAACUUUGAAGAAAUCGGCACAUUUCAACAAUCCCUAUGCCAGGCUUUGGAAGAAUGUGCAAAGUUACCAGAAAAUCAUCAGAAAGUUGGUGGCUGUUUUUUGAAUGUCUUCAAUCAGUUCAUGUCCUUAUAUUUAUCCUAUUGCUCCAAUCAUCCGACGGCCGUUCGUGUUCUCACACAGCAAAGUGAUGAACUUGGGAUAUUUAUGGAGAAUCAAGGAGCACCAAUACCGGGUAUUCUAACGUUGACCACAAGCCUUAGCAAACCUUUUAUCAGGCUAGAAAAAUAUGUCACUCUCUUACAAGAACUGGAAAGACACAUGGAGGAAGCACACCCAGAUCACAUAGAUGUUCUUAAAGCAACUGCCGCUUUCAAGACACUUGUGGCCCAGUGCCAAAAUGUGCGCAAGAGAAAGCAGCUAGAGCUGCAGAUUCUUUCAGAUCCCAUUCAGGGCUGGGAAGGAGACGAUAUUAAAAGUUUGGGUACUCCAGUCUUCAUGUCACAAGUCAUGAUACAAUGUGGAACAAACGAGGAAAAAGAUGAGCGCUACUUCAUGUUGUUUCCAAAUGCGCUGUUAAUGCUGUCUGCUAGUCCACGGAUGAGUGGAUUUAUUUAUCAGGGGAAAAUACCUUUAACUGGAAUGUCAGUUAUUAAAUUAGAAGAUAAUGACACCAUCAUCAAUGGUUUUGAAAUUGCAGGUACAAUGAUAGAAAGAAUUGUUGUCCUCUGCAACAAUAGUCAGGACUGUCAGGAAUGGCUAGAACACUUGCAUCGCGUCACCAAAGGAACCGGUUCACAUGCUUCGCUGUGUAAGACACAGUCUCUGACAAGCACUUCGCUUACAGAUAGAAAACAGUUCCCAUCAUCUCACUACUCUUUUCCUCCACGAGGACCUUUGGAACCAGCUAAAAUCGAUAAAGCCUGGACUUUGAGUUGUCUACGUCCAGCCCCACCACUCAGACCAUCAUAUGCACUAGGUUACAAAGAGAGGAUGUCUUAUAUCUUAAAGGAUUCCAGCAAAAGCCCAAAAAACGUCAAGAAGUUUCUUCCAAAACGAAAAACAGAGAGAAAGCCUUCAGAUGAAGAUUCUGGUUUCAGGAAAAGCACUGUUGCUUUAGAAGAAGAUGCACAAAUUCUCAAAGUGAUAGAGGCAUAUUGCACUGGUGCAGGAUUCCAGCAAAGCCUUUGUUCUGCAGGUUCACGCAAAGAUUCUGUUGCACAAGUGUUGCUACUUGAAGAAGAAAAUAUCAUAAUUGAUGAGAUGAGAACCAAUGGCCAAGCAGUAUCAGAAGAAAAGAGCCUUGUAGAUACAGUCUAUGCAUUGCGAGAUGAAGUAAUAGAACUUAAACAGGAGAAUAAAAGAAUGAAACAAUGCUUGGACGAAGAACAGAAGUCACGAAAGGAACUAGAAAAGUUAGUUCGGAAGAUACUAAAGCAAGCCAAUGACGCCACUCGGGAUGAUCCUUCGCAUUAGAGUCAAUUGCCAGAUUUGGCUUUCUGUGGACUGCAUCCCUAAUUUGUAUUCAGCUGAGGAAUGUUUCAGUCUGUCUAUAUGGUCAGGGGGACUCUGUGGAAAAUGUUUUUAGGAGCCUUUCAACAACUUAAAGCUGUGUUUUAUUUUUUCUGAAAAGAGUUUUACAGACUUUGUCAUUUGAGAGUUCCAUGUAUAUACAAAAUGCAUACCUACCAACCAUGAGCUUAAAAGGAAAGUUCCAUCAACAGUAGGGGGCACAUUUACUAAGCUCGAGUGAAGGAUUAGAAUGAAAAAAACGUUGGAUUUCGAAUUUUUUUUUUG